UUGCCACUUGUUGUUAUACGCGCUAAGUAUGUUUAAAGAGGCCAUUUCUUUUUCGAUCGUGAUUCUUGCCUGGACUUCAUAUGGGGCCCAGGCAAAAUCCUUGGAUGCCGACUUGUCUACAUUUCCACAAGACCCGGCGAAUAAACUGAUGGUAAAAGUGUUACCAUUGCUUGAUCAUAUUGCCAAGCAAAGCAAAUGCAAUGUUUUCGAUGAUCUGGACACAACCCUGGAAGUCAAGCAGAAGGACAUCGCGGACAGACUAAUAGCCAUUCAGAAGCAGCAGAAGGACUUCCAGAAUACUAUCGCAUCAUUACAAGAAUCUUUAAAGAAAAUCCCCGAGGUCUUUGAAAGAAAGGAAAAUAUUCAGAAAGAUGUGCAGGCGAAGAUCGAGACUCAGCAGGCCAAACUUAUGGACACCGUUUCCGAAAUUUACAACAAAGUAUUUUGGCCAAAGUUUCAGCGAAUCGGCUCAAGACUCUUCUACAUCGAUAGUGAAAGUAGUCGGGAUUGGUUUGAGGCUGGAAAAAAAUGUCGCGAAAUGGGUGGCUAUAUAGCCAGCAUUAAGGACCAAGAGGAGUUGGUCGCCAUUACGGCGAAACUAGAUGACAAACGUUACUGGCUGGGGAUCAACAACAGGGAUAAUCAUGAAAUCUACGUAUCCGAGGCAUCCGGCAAGAAAAAUCCAUUUUUGAAGUGGCGCCCUAAGGAACCAAAUAACGCGAAAAAAAAUGAGUACUGCGUCGAACUUGAUAAUGGCGGAAUGAACGAUCAUCCGUGCUCCGAAAGUCGGUACUUAAUUUGUCAAAGUGAUAAUGAAGUUUAAAAUCUUUUUCUUAGAAAUUUCAUUUCCUCUGAAAAUUGAUGUAAAAUAAAUACAAAUAUGUAUA